CACACCGUACAGAAGUCAAAUCUAACUGGGCAGAGCCACUAAAUGGAGUAGAAUGGCUUUUCGUGAUCUGCACUUCAUAUCAGCCAUUGCUGUUCUUGUCUGUCUGAUGCCGGAGGCGUGUGCUGAUGACAGUGUAGCAACAUUGACUCUGGUUCACAAACGGACCAAAGUUUUCCCGACGGAGGAAGUCAUAUUGAAGUGUGAGAUCAGCCCUCCAUCCAUUGAUAAAUGGAGUUAUGAAUGGCUCAGCGAAGGCCAAGUGAUUGAUACCAGCAAUGAUGACACAUAUUCUACCAAGUCUCCAAAAACAGGAGCAUACGCAUGCGUUGGCAUCGAGGAGAGUGGUAACAGGACAGCACCCAGCGCUGACAUUAGCAUUGAAGUGUAUGAUCCCCCUAAGCCUUCACUGCAGCUGGUGUCACGCUGGUCCAAGGUGUUUCCUACAGAGACGGUUACUCUGAAGUGUGACAUCCAGCCGGCUUCACCUGACUGGUCUUAUAAAUGGUACAAAGGUGAACAAGAGAUCAGCGGUGAAAACACUGAUACACUUUCCAUGAAGUCUGUUGUUACUGACCAUGCUGGAGUAUACAAAUGCCAAGGAGUGCACGUGCGAGGUGUGGAAACUCCAGUCAGUGAUGCAGUCAAGAUCGAUGUCUAUGGUGAAAGCCCUGAGACUGUCCUGUCCAUGACUCCACAAGCUGAUGUCAUUUACACAAAGGAGAGUGUCCAGCUAACUUGCCAAGUGAAGCAGGAGUCCACAGACUGGCAGUAUGUGUGGUUGAAAGACCAACAGGUGGUGGACUGGAUCUCUGGGGCCACUCACAACAUCCCCUCGGUGUCUCCAGGCAACAGUGGAGGUUAUCAGUGCCGGGUCGAGAGAGGAGGUCUCACUUCUCAAAUCAGCUCUGUUAACUUAAAUGUUGAAGAUCCCCCUAAGCCUACACUGCAGCUGGUGUCACGCUGGUCCAAGGUGUUUCCUACAGAGACGGUUACUCUGAAGUGUGACAUCCAGCCGGCUUCACCUGACUGGUCUUAUAAAUGGUACAAAGGUGAACAAGAGAUCAGCGGUGAAAACACUGAUACACUUUCCAUGAAGUCUGUUGUUACUGACCAUGCUGGAGUAUACAAAUGCCAAGGAGUGCACGUGCGAGGUGUGGAAACUCCAGUCAGUGAUGCAGUCAAGAUCGAUGUCUAUGGCCAACGCCCUGAGACUGUCCUGUCCAUGACUCCACAAGCUGAUGUCAUUUACACAAAGGAGAGUGUCCAGCUAACUUGCCAAGUGAAGCAGGAGUCCACAGACUGGCAGUAUGUGUGGUUGAAAGACCAACAGGUGGUGGACAGGAUCUCUGGGGCCACUCACAACAUCCUCUCGGUGUCUCCAGGCAACAGUGGAGGUUAUCAGUGCCGAGUCGAGAGAGGAGGUCUCACUUCUCAAAGCAUCUCUGUUAACUUAAAUGUUGAAGAUCCCCCUAAGCCUACACUGCAGCUGGUGUCACGCUGGUCCAAGGUGUUUCCUACAGAGACGGUUACUCUGAAGUGUGACAUCCAGCCGGCUUCACCUGACUGGUCUUAUAAAUGGUACAGAGGUGGACAAGAGAUCAGUGAAAACACUGAUACACUUUCCAUGAAGUCUGUUGGCACUGGAGACACUGGAGAGUACACCUGCCAAGGAGUACACACGCGAGGCGAGGAAACUCCAAAGAGUGACCGAGUCAAGAUUGAUGUUUACGGCCAAAGCCCUGAGCCUGUCCUGUCCAUGACUCCACAAGCUGAUGUCAUUUACACAAAGGAGAGUGUCCAGCUAACUUGCCAAGUGAAGCAGGAGUCCACAGACUGGCAGUAUGUGUGGUUGAAAGACGACAAACAGGAGGUACACAGGAGCUCUGAGGCCAAUUACAAGAUCCCCUCUGUGUCUCCAGGCAACAGUGGAGGUUAUCGGUGCCGGGUCGAGAGAGAAGGUCUCACCUCUCAAAGUAGCUCUGUUAACUUAAAUGUUGAAGAUCCCCCUAAGCCUACACUGCAGCUGGUGUCACGCUGGUCCAAGGUGUUUCCUACAGAGACGGUUACUCUGAAGUGUGACAUCCAGCCGGCUUCACCUGACUGGUCUUAUAAAUGGUACAGAGGUGGACAAGAGAUCAGCGGGGAAAACACUGAUACACUAUCCAUGACGUCUGUUGACACUGGCAAUGCUGGGCAAUACACCUGCCAAGGAGUGCACGUACGACAGGCAGAAACCUCGAAGAGUGAUCCGAUUGGCAUCCGUGUUUAUGACAGAGGCCCAAAGCCUAUUCUGUCCAAGGACCCUAAGGCUGACACCAUUUACACAACAGAGAAAGUAACGCUGAGCUGUCGCGUCGACCAGGAGUCUACAGACUGGCAUUACUCCUGGUUCAAGGGCCAGGAGAAGUUAUCGAUACGUAAUAUCAGCGAGAGCACUCAUACCUUUCCGUCUGUGGACCUAUCUGAUGGUGGAGACUAUCGUUGUCAGGUCCAAAGAGGACACAUCUCUGGUGACAAUGCUUCAAUCACAUUAACUGUUCAAGAUCCUCCUCUGCCUACACUGGAAUUAAAGUCUAAAUAUGAGAAAGUGUUUCCUACAGAGAGGGUUACUCUGAAGUGUGACAUCCAGCCGACUUCAUCUGACUGGUCUUAUAAAUGGUACAGAGGUGAACAAGAGAUCAGCGGUGAAAACACUGAUACACUUUCCAUGACCUCUGUUGGCACUGGAGACACUGGAGAGUACACCUGCCAAGGGGUACACAAACGACAUGUAGAGACUCCAAUCAGUGGCAACUUCAGCGUCCAUGUGUAUGAUGAGAAGGCUCAACCUACAAUAACUCAGCACCCAAACUCCCAGUCCAUCUACAUGGAGGAAAAAGUAACGUUUAGUUGUGAGGUGACGAUCGAUCCUACAGACUGGUCUUUCCUUUGGUUUAGUAGUAGCCGUGGAGAAAUCAAAGACCCACGAUCAAUGAACUACACUAUCCAAUCUGCCACUGAACAACACAACGAUAAAUUCUGGUGCAAAGCUGAGAGGCCUGGGUACCUAUCGGAGGCCAGUACGUCUAUGGAAGUGAAGAUUUUACCUCGCCAUGACACAGUACUGACACUGGAGACGAACUGGGCCGAUAUCCUCACCGUGGACAGCCUGACCUUGCUGUGUGAAGUCAGCGACAACAAAGAGUUCCAGUGGAACUACACCUGGUACAAAGACGACAUAGAGGACAACAACACCCAAUCGGCUCUUCACGUGAAGGCCACAAAAGAGAGCUACAAGAGCGAGUACAGGUGCUGCGGAGCCCGAGAGGAGCGCCCUACGUACUCUGCACGCAGCGAACCCUUCAUAGCUAACAACAUCGUUCUGAAGCGGCAGAUCCUUCUGGCCAUCUCCGGCUGUCUGGUGGUGGGAAUCGUCCUUGUCAUCGCUGGCUGUGUCUACUUCAAGGUCACCAGGAAGCCAGGGAAAGAGGCCCCAACUCAGGAGGACCUGUUCUUUAGCAUGGCCCAACUGAAGUCACGAAAUGAUUUGCACUCAACGACAGACUUAUGCCAAACUGAAAUAAAUGGCAAACCUACAGAAAAAGAUGAGUCUGAAGAUCCUCCGUGUCUCUCUGAAGAGCUACUGAAAGAAGCUAAAGAAGAAGAAAAGAAUGAAGAUGAAACGGAUGCAUUUAAAUCAUUUAAAGGUUAAACGUCUUGGGCAUGUGACCACUCCUGCUCCUGACAGAACCUCCAAUCUCCAGUUGGUACGAUGAAGCCCAUUUAAAGCUCACAGUGAGGCAGCUGUGUUGCCAAGAUAGGGGAGGUGGCAGCACAGCAACACCUUAAAGGUGAAGUCUAUGUGUAAUUUUGUAAGUAGUUUAUUUCCAGAAUUUGUGCUUCCCUUUGUCAAAUGUCACCCCUUUGUCAAAUGUUUUCAUUAAUAUGAGUAUUCAGUACGGCUUGGAAAUAAUGAAUAAAUGGAACUUCCCCAUGUGAAAGUGCCAUUUUGAAUCAUCAGGCUCAGCCAUGGCCUAAUGGUUAUGGAGAUAUAGGCUGUAGAUCAGAGAGUUACAGGUUGGAAUCACAUUUAAUGGCUGAGGUGCCCUUGAGGAAAGGCACCUAACCAGUGUUGCCAGAUGUACGAUAAUUAUCGUAUUUGUACCUAAUUUUGUCCAUUUUGCCCUCUAGUCUAGAGGAUAUGUCAGGAUUU